ACCAUGAAACACCGGGAUCCGCAGACGCAGGAAGUAGCCAGGGGCCGGGAGACACCUCAGCUCCCCAGAGCUUGAGGUCAGGAUGUCAGGCUCGGAAACCCCCUGCAAGUCCUGGGUGCUCCGGUGGCUAGCUAAGAGGCUGCAAGUGUCACCGCUUCCCCGCGGACCGCCCCUCCGUAAGCCACGCCCACAGCGCCUACUUCCCGGGACGCCGAGAGCUAAGGUUUAAGGGUCUCUGGUCCAUCGACGCCAGCUUGUCUCGCUGUCCAGCAGCCCCGCAAGCGCUCAGGGCCGCCCUACCCCCACGGUUUGGAGCUCUGCGGGACCCCUUGGUUCCCCCCUCCAGCUGGGCGUUCCGCCCCUGGCCUGUGAAACCCCACCUCCUUAUUCUCUGCUGCCGGGGAUUGGCGGACCUCCCGCGGCGACGCCUGGCGAUUGGUCCCCAUGGAUGAUGGUGACCGGCGAGACUCCGCCCUCGGUCGGCUCUGGGGUCUGGGGGCACUGCUCAGCGGUGCUGGGCUGGCGAGGCUGGAGUCGCCGCCGCACUGACAGCUCCGUCUCUGGACGAUGGAGCCUGGCCCCGGUCCACACCCGCUGCGCCUGUUCGUCUGCCUGAUGCCACUCUGCCUUGCUCUGCUUCUGGGACCUGGGCGGCCCGGGACCGCCGAGGAAGUGGUCCUCCUGGACUCCAAAGCCUCCCAGGCUGAGCUGGGUUGGACUACACUGCCAAGUAACGGGUGGGAGGAGAUUAGCGGCGUGGACGAACACGACCGUCCCAUCCGCACGUACCAAGUGUGCAACGUGCUGGAGCCCAACCAGGACAACUGGCUGCAGACGGGCUGGAUCAGCCGCGGCCGUGGGCAGCGCAUCUUCGUGGAGCUGCAGUUCACGCUCCGCGACUGCAGCAGCAUCCCCGGCGCCGCGGGGACCUGCAAAGAGACCUUCAACGCUUACUACCUAGAAACCGAGGCCGACCUGGGCCGGGGGCGUCCCCGCCUGGGAGGUAACCGGCCCCGCAAGAUUGACACCAUCGCGGCUGACGAGAGCUUCACGCAGGGCGACCUCGGGGAGCGCAAGAUGAAGCUGAACACGGAGGUGCGUGAGAUCGGCCCCCUCAGCCGGCCAGGCUUCCACCUGGCCUUCCAGGACGUGGGCGCAUGCGUGGCGCUGGUCUCUGUGCGCGUCUACUACAAGCAGUGCGGGGCCACGGUGCGGGGCCUGGCCGCCUUCCCCGCCACCGCAGCGGAGAGCGCCUUCUCCACGCUGGUGGAAGUGGCCGGAACGUGCGUGGCCCACUCGGAGGGGGAGCCCGGCAGCCCUCCCCGCAUGCACUGCGGCGCGGAUGGCGAGUGGCUGGUGCCCGUGGGGCGCUGCAGUUGUAGUGCCGGCUUCCAGGAACGUGGUGACCUCUGCGAAGCCUGUCCCCCAGGGUUUUACAAGGUGUCCCCAAGGCGGCCCCUCUGCUCACCGUGCCCGGAGCACAGCUUGGCCCUGGAGAAUGCUUCUAUAUUCUGCGUGUGCCAGGACACCUACGCUCGCUCGCCCACCGACCCGCCCUCAGCUUCCUGCACCCGGCCGCCCUCGGCGCCGCGGGACCUGCAGUAUAGCCUGAGCCGCUCCCCACUGGCGCUGCGGCUGCGCUGGCUGCCGCCUGCGGACUCCGGCGGCCGCUCCGACGUCACCUAUUCGCUGCUGUGCCUGCGCUGCGGCCGCGACGGCCCGGCGGGCGCGUGCCAACCCUGCGGGCCACGCGUGGCCUUCGUCCCGCGCCAGGCCGGGCUGCGGGAACGCGCCGCCACGCUGCUGCACCUGCGGCCGGGCGCGCGCUACACCGUGCGCGUGGCCGCGCUCAACGGCGUCUCGGGCCCGGCGGCCGCAGCGGGGGCCACCUACGCGCAGGUCACAGUGUCCACCGGACCCGGGGCACCCUGGGAGGAGGAUGAAAUCCGCAGAGACCGCGUGGAGCCCCAGAGCGUGUCCCUGUCAUGGCGGGAGCCUGUUCCUGUUGGAGCUCCCGGAACCAAUGGCACCGAGUAUGAGAUCCGCUACUACGAGAAGGGUCAGAGUGAGCAGACUUACUCCACAGUGAAGACAGGGGCUCCGGCCGUCACUGUCACCAACCUGAAGCCUGCUACCAGAUACGUUUUUCAGAUCCGGGCAGCCUCCCCAGGGCCUUCAUGGGAGGCCCAGAGCUUCAGCCCCAGCAUUGAAGUGCAGACCCCCCGCGAAGCUGCUUCUGGGUCCAGGGAUCAGAGCCCUGCAGUGGUUGUCACCGUAGUUACCAUCUCAGCCCUCCUGGUCCUGGGCUCUGUGAUGAGUGUGCUGGCCAUCUGGAGGAGGUGGGUAGCUGGUGUCAUCCUGAGUGUGCUGGCCAUCUGGAGGAGGCCCUGCGAUGGCAAAGGAGGUGGGGACGCCCACGACGAGGAGGAACUGUAUUUCCACUUCAAAGUCCCGACACGCCGCACGUUUCUGGACCCCCAAAGCUGCGGGGACCCGCUGCAGGCGGUGCAUCUGUUCGCCAAGGAGCUAGAUGCCAAAAGCGUCACCCUGGAGAAGAGCUUGGGAGCAGGGCGAUUUGGGGACCUGUGCUGUGGCUGCCUGCAGCUGCCUGGUCGCCAGGGGCUGCCCGUGGCCGUACACACUCUGAGGGAUGGUUGCUCGGACUCGCAGAGGCUCAGCUUCCUGGCUGAGGCCCUCACCCUGGGGCAGUUUGACCACAGCCACAUUGUGCGCCUGGAAGGCGUUGUCACCCGAGGAAACCCCUUGAUGAUUGUCACUGAGUACAUGAACCUUGGAGCCCUUGAUGACUUCCUCAGGCAUCACGAGGGGGAGCUGAUGGUUGCUCAGCUGAUGGCUCUGCUGCCGGGGCUGGCCUCGGCCAUGAAGUACCUGUCAGAGAUGGGCUAUGUUCACCGAGGCCUGGCAGCCCGCCGGGUACUGGUCAGCAGCGGCCUCGUCUGUAAGAUCUCUGGCUUUGGGCGGGGUCCCCGGGACCGAGCCGAGGCGGUCUACACCACCAUGAGUGGCAGGAGCCCAGCACUCUGGGCAGCUCCCGAGACACUUCAGUUUGGCCACUUCAGUUCUGCCAGUGACGUAUGGAGCUUUGGCAUUGUCAUGUGGGAGGUGAUGGCCUUUGGGGAACGACCCUACUGGGACAUGUCUGGACAAGAUGUGAUCAAGGCUGUGGAGGAUGGCUUCCGGCUGCCACCCCCCAGGAACUGUCCCUCCCUACUACACCGACUCAUGCUUGACUGCUGGCAGAAAGACCCUGGUGAGCGGCCCAGGUUCUCUCAGAUCCACAGCAUCCUGAGCAAGAUGGGGCAGGAGCCGGAACCCCCCAAGUGUGCUGCGGCCACUUGUCUCAGGCCUCCCACACCCCUGGCGGACCGUACCUUCUCUGCCUUCCCCUCUUUUGGUUCUGUGGGCGCCUGGCUAGAGGCCCUGGACCUGUGCCGCUACAAGGACAACUUCUCUGCAGCAGGCUAUGGGAGCCUGGAGGCUGUGGCUGAGAUGACUGCCCAGGACCUGGGGAACCUGGGCAUCUCUUCCACUGAGCAUCGAGAAGCCCUCCUGAGUGGGAUCAGCGCCCUGCAGACUCGAGGGCUGCAGCUACAGGGUCAGGAGGUGCACGUGUGAGCAGCUCAGCCCUGCCCAAGGACCUGCAAGGACACUCCCCUUGGGUGGGAGGAGUGCUCUCGUUCCCUUAGAGGGCCCUGAGCUGGUCGGUGCCAUGUUGUCCCCUCCAUUUCAUAUUUCUUCUCAAUACCUUGUUGACCUAGUGGUCCUAAAAGGAGGUUCAGAUCCCUGGAGAGGACCCCAGAGAUAACUGCAGGAAGACGGUUAGGGUGUCAAGGGCAAAGUUGGUUGGGAAAAGACAGUUUCAGUCCUGCUCAAGCCCUUCGGUCUUCCACACUCACUGGGGUUGGGCCUAAUUGGCAGGCAACUCAUUUCCUCAGAGAGCUUUUGGCCUGCCAGGCAGUAAAGGUCCCCGAGAGAGACCCAUUGGUUAUGACAGGGACCACAGCUGCCUGGGCGCCUGAGUAUGGGAGCCUGGGCCACUGGGGAGUGUCCCUUACUUCCUGCACCUUGGCUAGCUCUCUCUGAACCCUGGUGCCGAGGCCCUAGCAGGCAAAUGGUGCUGACCUCAGGGACUGAAUCCUGCCCCCAUCCCAGGCGGAGACUCCAGAGCUGGGGGCUUCCUGCCUUGGGUUGGCAGUUCAGGAUGAGGACCAGUCUCCUAGUAGGUCACACUUAAGUCCUGGUGCUCUCCUGGGCCUGCUGUCUCAUUCGUUUUGGAACUGAUGGGGAGGGCUUGCUCUGCAUUCUGGAAGGUGGAGAGAAGGGGAAAGAGACUGAGGAAGGAGUGAGUUUGACAGGCUGGUCUGAACCCUGGCCUUCAGUCUCAGAGCCUGAGCCAGGGAGAAGGCUGGCCCUGGAGAGAGCUUGCCCUUCCACGGCACCAGCUCUCUUCCUUGGACAGCCCAGUGAACCCUCUCUGGGUGAGCCCCUUGUGGUUUUUCUUGGUACACUGGUACCCCGUGCUCCCUCCCUAGAGGGCCUCCCUGGCGCUGCACACCGCUCUUGAAGGAGUGCUGUGCUGAGCUGACCUGUCUGCAAGGGCCCUGGCAGCUGUGAGGUCUUGAGACCAAGGCCGUCUUGGGAGGGUGGGGCGUGCUGGAUCUGGACCGAGUUUGUCUACACCACCCUUGAUGGAUGCCUGCUCUGUUUUUGCUGUGGUAGUGAGGAGGGGUGACAUGGGCUGAGACAGAGCAGGUGGGAGUGGAGAGAGAAAGGCAGACUCCAGAGUACACCUUUGGAGGGCUCAGACAAGGAGGGGCUUUCCUCCCGGGGGGAGGGGACCGGGAGGACGGGCAGGUGGACUGUCGCUAUGUGUGUGUUGAGGGAUGUCCAGAAAGGCUUCUUAGAUGAAGUCCAAAUUGAAUAAGGGCUUGAGGGGGAGCGUGUUCUCUCCGUAGGGUGAAUGGAGUCACCGGCAGGCUCAGAAUCCAAGCAAGGAUCUCUUAACAGAGAGCCUGGGGGAGAGGGGCUGGAAGCCAUGAUGCAUCUUUGGGGAGUACCCAUAGGGGGGCGGUGACUCCCCGCAGUGCCUUGGGCCUUGACCUGCCAGCAGCAGCUCUUCCCUCCUCAGAGCCUACCCUAUUCCUGGCUCCCUGCUCCCUGGGCACCUGCCUCAGCUCAGUGACUGCGGGGACACUGGGGUAGACGGGGAUGCUGCACCCACCUUUGACAGAACUGGGGAACUGAUACAACCCCCCCCGCAGGCUCUUCCUUCAUCCUCCCUCCAGGGAAAACUGGCUCAACCUCCAAGGCUCAUGGGGACAGUGCGCUGUCUUGGGUGACCAGAACCUCGCUCGUCCCCCAUCUCCAGCCACAUCAGUCAUUCUCAAGGUCAAACUCCUCCCCUCCCUGGCUGUUUGCAGAGGGGUCCCUGGCUGUGUUGGCUGGACUUCGGCGUCCAGGGUAGACCUCUCCUCUGAUGAGGAGUGAGGUCCUAGGAAUCCUGAGGGGGCCCAGGCCUCAGCCCUGCACAGGCACCAGCAUGAUACAGGGUGCUGGGUCACUGGGGACCCUCCACAGAUCUAUUUUUAUAUACGGGGCUUGCACACUGGACAGAGGGAGGUCACCUGCAACCCAUAUUGCCCUGUCACCCACCUAGGGAGGGAGGGGCUGGUUGUGGGUGGAGGCUCCUUUGAGGACCUAUGGAAAUGUUUUUCUAUUUCUUGGGUUCUAUAUUACAGUACCAAGUAAUAAAGCCUUGUCUGUGCUA